UUUCUUCCCUUCCCCUCAACCUUUUGCUUUCGCUUUUGUUUCCGUUGAAACCGCUCUCCUUCUCUCCUCUCUCUCUCUCUGUCUCUCUCUCAAUGCAAAAUCCUCCAACGUCUAAAUUGCUGACUGAACUUUAACUUCAAGAUAUUUUCCAUCAAGCCCAACAAACACUCCCACCACCUCUCUCUCUGGAUAAAAUUCACACCUCAAAUUCUCCAUCAACCUCUCUUGCCGGUAACAAUGGCGGUUCUCGGAGAGACAACUGAAGCCUCAAACAACUCCCUCUCCCACAAGAUCACCGCCAAAACCCCAUUAUUCAACCUCAAACUCUACGCUGUUAUAGCCAUCCUCGUCCUCUGCCUCCUCGCAGCCGCCCUUCUCAUCUUCCUCUGCCUCCGCAUAACUCGAGCCUCACGAAAACGCAAGAUGCGCGUGAAGCACAGCUCCGGCUCAAUCCCCCUCGUCUCCAAGGAGAUCGCCGAGAUCAAGGAACCGAGUCCACGCGCCGCUUACAAUGGCGAGAGAACAAUAGGAAAUGAAAAGUUGAAGGAGGCUCCGCUGGAGGUGACGGAGAUUGUUGACAUCGAAAGAGGGAAAGGGAACCGGAGCGGGUUGGAAAGUGACGGGUCGAGCCCGCAUAACAUCGGGUGGGGCCGGUGGUACAGCUUGAAGGAGCUGGAUAUCGCGACACGCGGGUUUUCUCCAGAGAACGUAAUUGGAGAAGGAGGAUACGGCAUCGUCUACAGCGGCGAGCUGCAGGACGGCUCUGUCGUGGCCGUCAAGAACCUUCUGAACAACAAGGGUCAGGCAGAGAACGAGUUUAAGGUGGAAGUCGAAGCCAUUGGGAAAGUAAAGCAUAAGAACUUGGUGGGUCUAAUUGGUUAUUGUGCAGAAGGUGCUCAAAGGAUGCUUGUGUACGAGUACAUUGACAACGGCAACUUGGAGCAAUGGUUGCACGGCGAUGUUGGGCCUGUCAGCCCUCUGACCUGGGAUAUUCGUAUGAAAAUCGCCAUCGGGACAGCAAAAGGGCUGGCCUAUUUGCAUGAAGGGUUAGAACCCAAGGUGGUGCACCGUGAUAUAAAAUCCAGUAACAUUCUUCUGGAUAGAAAGUGGAACGCAAAAGUAUCAGAUUUUGGUCUGGCCAAGCUCUUAGGAUCGGAGGCAAGCUAUGUGACUACACGCGUUAUGGGGACAUUUGGAUAUGUAGCUCCAGAAUAUGCAAGCACAGGUAUGCUUAACGAGGGGAGUGAUGUAUAUAGUUUCGGAGUUCUACUAAUGGAGAUAAUUACAGGAAGAAACCCAAUUGACUAUUCCAAACCAGCAGGAGAGAUGAACCUGGUUGAUUGGUUUAAAGGAAUGAUCCAAAGUCGCCGUGGAGAGGAUGUUGUUGAUCCUCUGAUUGCAGUUCAGCCCCCUCCAAGAGCCAUGAAGCGAGUAUUGCUGGUUUGUCUCCGAUGUAUAGAUCUAGAUGUCCAUAAGCGACCGAAAAUGGGGCAAAUUGUUCAUAUGCUUGAGGCAGAUGACUUCCCUUUUCGUUCAGAAACACGAUCAGCUCGAUAAAAAUCCUCUCCCUUUCCCGUGCAGCUGCAUCCAGUAAUGUUCAAUAUACAUCCAAGUAUGCCCCCGGGGGGGGGGGGGGGGGUUAGUAACGAAGAUUGAGGUGGAGAUGAUAAAUUUUUUGGCCGAUAAAUAGCAGUUCUGAGGCGCCAUGCACACCAUGAUCCUCCGUUAGUAACUACAGAAAAGAACUUACAAGCAUUGAAUGUGUGCGUAUAUAAAUUUCUAAUUUCUCUUUCCUGGUCUGAUAGAUUCUGUUGAUAUGUUCAGCACCAUACUUAUAGAUGAGCUUGUAAAUACGUGCUUAUGUGGUAUUUUAAUAUGUAAGGUCUGUUAAGAAUCUUCA